ACAUCAACACUAACAGUACUACUCUCAGUUGCUUAGAGAGAAAAGACAUGUGAGAGAGACGAUGAAUUUGCGUUCUGUUUAAUCCAGCUUUUUCUCGAAAGACUAGCAUUUAUAGAGUAAGGGCUCAAGGCCCAAAUAGUAAAUAAGGACUUGAAAAUGAAAGAUUAGCAACCAUUGCUGCUACUGGACUUGAAAAUAAACAUUCAAAGCUUAGAUACUAAUUUCCUGGAAUAAAAACAGAAGAAACUUCCAAAGGAGUACAGUUAUUUACAAAACACACCCAAAAAAUACAACGACGUAGAACAGAGUGGAGCAGGAUUAAGGGACAAAAUCCACUGAAACCUGCCCCUCAAGCGAAUCCCAACUGAGGAGUCAUCUCCUCCUUCCCUUUCUCGACCUUGCGACUCCGAUUCAAAGCCAAAGUUCUAAUCUGGCUCUUUAAAGACUCUUUCGAUUUUGUAGUCAUCUCAGUUCAGAAUCAUCAUACUUUUAGCGAUGGAAAAAUGCUAGCUAGGUUACCAUAUCAACAUAAAAGCAGCGGCAAUAACCGAUGUUGUAAUGGGAAUCAGUAAAACAGAAAUAAACUUGAGGAGAUUGCUUGCAGCUGCUCCUCAGCAACAAAAUCAAUCAAAACUUAUACAUUAUGUAGCUACUUUACGAGAACAAUUGGAACAAUUGGCUGAAGAGAGAACUCCAGAUGGCCUACCUAGAGUUUCAAAGGCUAUGGUGAAUGAAUAUUCGGAGAAAAUCGAAGCCAUUGCUUCCAAACUAGCCGCGCCAUUGCCUGAUAUCCUAGUAACUGAAGGGACUUUUGCUUCUACAAAAGAAAGUUCUAGCGCAGACGGAGAAACCCAUUUCCCCUCUUCUCCUGGCUUGAGAAGAAGAAUUGUGAUGAAAUUUGUUUCACUGAACAGGGGAGCCUCAAAUAGUGAUGACAGAACUCGUGACAUUAUUCAAGCUGAUACAUCAGCACCUGUCAAACUCGAUACUGCAGCAAAAGCGCACAUUGAAAAACACAGAAAGCUCCAAGAGGACUUGACAGAUGAAAUGGUUGGGUUGGCACAGCAGCUCAAAGAGAGUAGUCUCUUGAUGAGUCAGUCCCUGCAAAAUACUGAAAAGAUACUUGAUUCUACCGAGAAGGCUGUUGAGCAAAGCUUGGCUGGCACUGGUCGUGCCAAUGUUCGAGCCCUAGAGAUAUAUUCGAAAAGUUCAAAGACGACAUGCUUCACAUGGCUUGUGAUGUUUCUAAUGACGUGUAUAUUCGUUAUGGUUGUACUCCUAAUUCGUGUCACUUAAAAAGUGUUUGUGGCCAAGCGGCAGACAUGGUCAUAUACAGUUUUCUGGUACACAACUGUAUGUUAUGAAACCGACUUGUAUAUUUCUGUUCUGCAGUUCCAGAACUGACUGCUAAUUUUUCAAUGCUAUCUCAUCAUUUCUCACAA